CCCCUUCUCUUUCGGAGCCUGCUUCAGCAGCAAGGCAGCUGAAACAGAACUGCUGGAGGGAAGAGAAACUAUCCGUGAUGAAUCAUUUGGCUUUGUGCAAUCUUUACCUAGGACAGAGGGUAAAUGUAUUUUAACAUACGUGUGUUAUUUCUUGGGAAGGGGGUGUGGAUAUGAUAUUCAGCGAGCACUAAGGUAAGGUACUGAGUCAAACUUUCUGGAUUUUAAGGCUAACUUUAAAAAACAGAAUUUGACCUUGCAAGCAGGAAAGUUUUACCUUCACAGGGAAGUAAGUUGAAGCUGUUGGCUGCUAGAAAGCUCAAAGGUGGUUGCGUCUAAAUGCCUGCGGAUCUGCAGCACUGGGAGUACAGGAGCUGAGAAAGGAAGUCUUAUACAAUCUUUGCUUUGCUAGUGAAGGCGUAGUUGCAAUGCUGUGAACUGAGCAGGUAAAUGUGGGCAUGUUGUAGUGUCCAUCUAUAGCCACAGAGCAGCUGUCCAGGUCGCAGCAUUUACUUCUCAUGCUGAAAAGUUUUUUUUUUGUGUGUGUGUGUGUGUGUGUGUGUGUGUGUGUGUGUGUGUGUGUAGGUGUGCAUGUAAGAGAGAGGGAAUGCUGGCUCUAGUUCUUAAGUGUGAAAAGUUAAUAAAUACAAAGAACAGAAUGAGCAUGUGAGGCCUCUCUGCUUUAAUCUAGAUUGUUUGCCAAGAGGAUUGAAGACUUACAAAAUGAAAGUAUUCAAAUGGAUAGCUUUGAACAAACUGAUUUUACAUGUAGUUGUAAACUGAGUAAAUUAAUUAGCAGUGCCUUCUUAUGCAACUGUUCUGUUGGUCAUCAUGGCUCUGCCAAUCCCAAGCCAUGGCAUGGGUUUAUGCGGGUUGGAAACAUUGUCUCGCUGUCCCUCGAUUCAGAGUGCAGGAGGUGCAGUUACCCCUCAGAUUGGCUCAGGGAAAAAAACCAAUCAUAUUUACUGCCAAUAGCAAGUUUAGGGGAGCUAAUCUACUUUAAAAUGUUGUAGGCUGCCCGUGGUUCCAUGUCAGAUUCCAAAUGGGCAACACGUAGAGCUUCACAGCAUUUAUCAGGCGGUGUCAAUGUUGCUUUAAGUCUGUAGCAUGAAAACAAAGCAAACUCGACUAAAAGAGCUCAGUAAAGUCUGUUUAGCCCAUAAGCAAAUUCCGUUGCUGAAGUAUUUCCAGGAGUGGCAAUAACCCCUCCAAAAGAGAAGGCGAUCAAAAUGCAGAUAGUAAGUGUAGCUGCAUUAACUGCCUCUAGAUCAUGUCCCUGAAGACGUCCAUCAAAGCCUGAGUCCUGAAGAGGUUCUGUUUUACCUGCUGUGGCCUGUUCCAGCAUCACACUCUUUCAUUCUCAUUCCAUGUUUUUCCAAUAAAACUUGUAUGAGCAUUGGCUCCAGGUACUCAGAGGAAAAGCUCAUAACCCUGAGAGAGAGACCUGGAUGGGCUUUGGAUGGGAAAUACCUGCUUGCCUGAGUGUGCAGGCUGCUUCUGACCAGAAGGGAACUCUCCAGCAUUUCCUAUUGAUCGUGAUAGGCUUCCUUGCUCAAACUUUGGAGAAAGCUGUGUGUGUUUCUUUCUAAAAAGCUGUUAACUGCAUUGUACAGGAAAGGGGCUUUGACGAGGAUCAAUUUUUAUUGCACAGCAAAGGCUUGCAUUUUCCAAAUGCUUAAGGAUAUAGCCCACAGCAUUAAGCGUCUUUGCUUGGAUUUGAACAGUGUUACCUUGUUUAUGUGCAAGAACCACAAAGGUUAUUUUAAAUCAUUGUGGGGCUUAAUGCAUGUUUGUGCUCUGGCACCAAAAAUUCAAGAUGAAAUAUAAUUGUGUUGAGUUUCUUAUCAACAAAGGGCCAUUAUUUGUAGACUGUAAGUGAAACAAGACAUCAGCAGUGGGGGAGGACGUAAUGUCAGCUUUCAGCGUUUAAGGUUAUUAAGGUUUUUUGUAGCUUUUUCUUUUUGUUUGUUUGUUUUGGUGGGGGUUUUUUAAUGACUGCUUUCUAGGGAAUACAGAUUGGAACUGACACAGAGCUGACCGGGGGUAAAGUAAUAGAGCAGGCAGUCUGCAAAGAAAAAUGACAAAUAAUUAUCAUGAUUAAUACAGGAAAGUUCAGUGCAAAAAUGGGCACCAGAGUAUUUGCAUGGUGCAGUGAAAGACAACUGUGAUAUAUAAAUAGACAAGGACUAUAAAUAUUGAAUUUCUCCUUGUAUUUUAAAGUUUAAUAGACUCAUCUAAAUAUCAAAACCUGUAGUGCACUGUGGGCCACUGCAGAGUUGACAUCUGCAGUGGAAAAAAAUAAAUAAAAACAAAAACCACCAAAAAAAACCACAACUCCAGGACAUUUCCCAAACUGUAGCCUGGAAAACUGUGAGGACUUCUUCAGGCAGUUCUCCAGCUCUCCCAGCUAAUUAUAGUGCUUUACACCGAGCCGCUCUUGAGAUAAGUGCAACUAUUUUCUUCCCUAGCACCGGUGAGUUUUAUUCCAGAGCUUAAACAAACAUCCCCCAGCGCAAUGGGCACAGGAGGCAGAGGGAGCAGCACGGAACACUGCGUGCAGACCAUUGUGUAAACACUGGGUGUCUUUUCUUCCCAAACAAUGCAAUAGUCCGUCAGCACUCCGCACAGAAGGAAGCUGCUGGUAAAGAGGGGCUGAAAGUAUUAUUAUACCUUGGCAGCACCGGGAUAUAGUGCAGGAGGAGGAUUAGAGAAGCCCUUCUACAAAAGAAACCCAAUGGCAAAGUUAUUAAUAUUCUCAGAAAUAAAAAGGAAUUCGCAUUUCAGCAUCUAGGGACCUGUGGUUACCAAUCAAUUGGUACAACAGAGCAGAGCCAGGCUGCAAUAGCGUGCAGAUCAGACGCCUCGCCUUGUUUCUAGAUAACUGGGAGCCUCUGUACCAUGUCCUAUCCUCAGUUUGGCUACCCUUACUCCUCUGCACCCCAGUUCCUGAUGAGCACCAACUCCCUGACGACCUGCUGCGAGUCCAGCAGCCGGACGCUGGCUGAGACGGGGGCGGCCGCCUCCGCCCAGACCCCCGUGUACUGCCCGGUGUACGAGAGCCGCCUGCUCGCCACCGCCCGACACGAGCUCAACUCCGCCGCCGCCCUGGGGGUCUACGGCGGACCCUACGCCGGGCCCCAGGGCUAUGGAAACUACGUGACCUACGGUACCGAGGCUCCCGCCUUCUACUCCCUGAACAGUUUGGACGCGAAGGACGGGAGCGGCUCUGCGCAUGCGGGCAUCGCCCCCGCGGCUGCCUACUACCCCUACGAUCACACCCUCAGCCAGUACCAGUACGACAGGUACGGGACCAUGGACGGCGGGACGCGGAGGAAAAACGCCACCCGAGAGACCACCAGCACGCUGAAGGCCUGGCUGCAGGAGCACCGCAAGAACCCCUACCCCACCAAGGGCGAGAAGAUCAUGCUGGCCAUCAUCACCAAGAUGACCCUCACCCAGGUCUCCACCUGGUUCGCCAACGCCCGCCGGCGGCUCAAGAAGGAGAACAAGAUGACCUGGCCCCCGCGGAACAAGUGCUCUGACGAGAAGCGGCCCUAUGAGGAAGAGGAGGAGGAGGAGGAGGAGGGUUCUCAGGAAGAGGCGAUGAAGAGCGGAAAAGCCGAGGAACCCACGGGCAAGGAGGAGAAGGAGCUGGAGCUCAGCGACCUAGAGGACUUGGACGCCGCCGAGUCGGAGAGCUCUGAGUGCGAGCUGCGGCGGCCCUUCCCACACCCGCUCCCGCACCCGCAUCCGCACCCGCUCCCGCUCCCGGGCGGCAGCCACCCGCCGCGGGCCGCCGAGCUCCCCGCCAAGAUGCCGCCUCCGGCUGCCGCCGGGGAGGAGGAGGAGGAGGAGGCGGCGGCAGAGCGGGCGCGGAGCUGCCUGAAGACGGCGGCGGAGGAGUGCGGCCCCGACCCGCUGGGCGCUCGGCAGCGUGGCUGCGAGUCCAAGAUGUGCUUCCAGCAGGGGCAGCAGCUGCUGGAGGCGAAGCCCAGGAUUUGGUCCCUGGCGCACACUGCCACCUCGCUCAACCAGGCCGAGUACCCCUCCUGCAUGCUGAAACGGCCGGGGGGCUCGGCUGCCUCCGCCACUCCCGCCCCGGUCAGCGUCAUGGACAGGCACCAGGAUUCGCCGGUCACCAACCUCAGGAACUGGGUGGACGGGGUGUUUCACGACCCCCUGUUCAGGCACAGUACUUUAAACCAAGCCCUGAGCAACACAACAGUUUCCUGGGCUACCACCAAAGGAGCCAUUCUGGAAACGGGCGCCUUGGGACGCGCGGUGGGGAACGGCGCCAAUGUGCUCAAGGGGCAGCUCUCAAACCUGGCCCACCAUGACUCAAACAAAGAGUUUCUGGCGUUUCCCAAAUCAGGAAGCAAAAUGUUUUGUUCCUAACAGGCCCGCCGAGGGGCAAAGGACUUUCUAACGCUUGAAGAGUCAGCUACACUGAAAAGAGACUUGCAAGAGUUUAAAUUUAAAUAUAAAACUUUUUCUUCCUUUUUUUUUUUU